CAAUGUUGUUGAUUGACGUGUCUUAAGUUGUCCAAGUAAAAGUGCGGUUAUGUUUGGGGGCUUUACAUAUAAAUAGAUUAUUUAAAUUAAUAUACAAGUUAUAAUAUCGUAAACAUAAAAUGUAAACAUAUCAAAAUUAAUAAAAAGCAAUAUUUGUGUUAAUAAUGGCUGAUUACGGUCCUUCUGAUGAACCACGACCGGACAACUACCACCGGGGCAGAGGUCAACAAAAUCGCCCCCCUUUUCGUGGCCGGGGUCGAGGCAGAGGCCGAGGGGAUAACAGAUUUCAUAACGUCCAAAGGACUCUUAAUGAUUUGCAAGUUUCGGAUCUAAGGGAACAUCUUGACAGAAAACACCUUCAUGAACAAAUAAGAUAUGGACCUCCCUCCGAACCGUCCUAUAGUUAUUCAAGAGAUUCUAUUAGAGAUAAUUACAAUCAACCACCUAAGGGACCUACUGUGCAACGCUCCAACAGUUAUUCCUCUAGAAGAGGCAGAGGUAGACCACAAUACCAAGAAGAAACCUUUAUUCAGAACCCAUUGAAUAUAAAGGUACAAGUAAGCGCUGCAACUGGUCACAGAAACUGUUCUAUUGAUGAAGACGCCACCUUGCUCAACAUUAAACAUAUCCCAGAUACUCAAUUCUCAUUCUUGCAUGAAAGACCUAGAGGAACUAGAAGUGUAAGAGCUAGAGGAACCAGAUUCGGCACUGAUUCUGCUAGUUAUGGUGGUCAGGUAAGAGCUAAAAGUACUGAAAGAAGACAUGAUGGGUUUUAUGAAAAUAGAGGAAGCCAAGUUAGAAGCAAAAGUGUUGAAGCUAGAGGUGACACCUCAGGUGGCAGAGGUAGAGGGAAUUACAGAGGUAGGGGUAGAGGGGACAACAGGAGUACAGAAUGGGAAAGCCAAAUAAAAGACAACGAUUUUAGAAAUAAGUUUAGAGGUAGAGGAACUGGGAGGGGAAAUAGAAGGGGUAGAGGAGGCCAUCAAUAUAACACUCCCAAUACAGAAUUACAAACCGGGAGUAAUGAGAUUGUUGCAGAGGAAAACAGGGAACCUAGAAAUAGAGUAAGAGGCAGAGGAGUUGGAAGGGGUAAUAGAAGGGGUAGUUUAAAGGGUCAACAGUAUAAUACCCCUCAUACAGAAUCAGAAGGUGAUAAUAAUGUUGCUUCAGAAGAAAACUGGGAUAUUGAUGCAUCUAGAGAGGCUUCUGUAAAUAAGAAUGUUAUUGAAACUAAAUUGCAAGAUCAGCAAGAAGACAAUCAAGAACACAGUGAAGAAAGUGAGCUGCAAGAUUAUGCUGAAGAGCAAUUGGAGGAUACCGAGAGUUCCGUUGAAGAAGAAAAAGUUGUUAUAGAAGAAAAUCUUGUAGUUACUUCUUCACUAGAAAGUAAAAAUAAGAAGCGCACUGUACGAUUUAAAGAAGAAGGCAGGAAUGAUGAUAGAAAUGAGGUAAAAGAUAAUAAAGACAUUCAACAGACUGAAGAAACAAAAGGAUGACACAAGGGAAUUUUACUAAAACCAUAGCAGUCAAGAUAUUUUUAUAGACAAAGGAAAGAUGUUCUUUGAUAGGUUAUAUUUUUAUAAUCCUAUGUUUUAAUAAACGAAUUCAUUUUUCUUUUUCUGUUAAACAAUGUUUUAAUUUUUUUAUGAAAUUAUAAUUUUUGUUUAAAGAAGAAUGGAUUUUAAUAUAUUUUUUUGCUAUUAGCUCAUCGUUAGUUAGAAAAUUAUACUGCUAUUAGCUCUUAGCUUAUUAUUAGUUAGCAAAUUAUGUAUACAUAUUUAUGCAAAUCUUGAAAUUUUAUUUGGAAUAGCUUUUUAGUCAGUUUUUUGUUUUAACAAUGGAUCUGGAAGCAGGCUCUCUAUUAGGUGUUUGGAAAUUGCAUAUACCAUAGAUUAAUGGAUUCAAAAUAAGUUGAUUUAACCAAACAAUACAAAUUUUAAUCAACAAUCAACACAGCAGGACUGUCAACGGUUAUUUAUUUCAACAAUGGGUGCAUUGUCCUGCAUUUCAUCAAAGUUACCUGUGUUAUUUGUUAUAACAAAAAACUGCAGCUUUGUUUUAACUCCUAUAAAGUAAAAUUACCAAUAGAUGACAGUCUUAAGGGAAGCAAAUGAGAAAAAAUCAUAUUUUAUACAUUCUGACACCAAAUUUACAAAUUUAAGUAACAAUUCAAACUUGAGUUAAAAUUAAAAAAUAUUGUAAAAAAAUAUGUAACAUAGGCACCCAUAGAUGACACCCAUAAAUGAAUAUGUGCCAAUAGUUGACAUAGCAACUUUACCAAAAGAUGACAUAUUGAAUUUAUAUUUUAUUUGGUAAAAAAAAAACACAAGUAUUCUUAAAAUAAUUAACACUAAUAGCUGUGAAAAGAAAACAUUAGCCUAGUGCUGAAAUAAUCUUAAAUUUCUUUGAUUGGUAAUGACUUUUUAAAGAGGUAACUUAUUCUCUCUUCUCUACUCAAAAUUUCUGGUUGAGGCACUUUGCCAAUCACUUGGUCAAUGGCAACAGGAAAUAUCAUUUUCAUUUGGUACAAACUGUUUUUUAUCUUUGUCAGUUGAUUUGAGUCCCAUCACCUGCACAAAAUCACUCUUGUACAACACAUAAAUAAACAAACUUUGUUUGGUUUCGUUUUCCUUCAAUAAAUUCGCAUAGUAUGAAGUCGCCUUCAACAAUAGCUUCAAGAGAAACUAGCCCAAUUGAAAUAUCAUUGACUUCCUCUUCAAAAUCUUCAUCCCACUGUGAAGACUCGCUACUACUUAUUGAAAGCGACUGCUGUUGAAGAUUCACUAUCUUCUUCUAUUUUGGAUUUUUUGAUUUCCUUUCUUUUGUUCGUUUUCUGAUCUUCAACUUUUCUUUGUUUCUUCCAACUUGCUUCUCUUUAUUUCUAAUUCCUCUUGGUUUUUUCUUGAUCUGUCUUUUUUUCUUUUGGUUUGCUCUUCCAGCUUCUUCUGUUUUAUUUCCUCUUUUUUUUUAAAUAUGUGAGAGCCUAAGCUGAUGUUAUUACUGAAGGUAUCUUUUCCCUUUUAACUUUUUUGUUAGAUGGGGGUUUUUCUUCUGGCCAAAAAAGUAUUCUCUUGAAUGGAGAUGGAAUAGUGGGAUCAGACUUUUUGGUACUUGCAGGUUUUUGGUUCUCAACACUUGCAAGUUGAUUUUUUGGAGGUGUCAAAUGAGGGAUGACCUUCGUUAUUUCAGUUUCUGAUGACUCUAGUUUUUCUUCUUCUUCUAGCGUUGAAUCAUCUAUGUACUCAGUUUCCGGAAUGUUCUCUGGUUUGUCUCUUUCGUGAUUAUUUUCAAAGGGUGGUAACUAAAAAUAUAUUAGACAUUUAGAAUUAUGGCAUUUUAAAACAAACAUGUUACGUUUUCUGUCAUUUCUUCCAGAGUUCCUUGAUCAGAUUCAGAUUGCUUUCCAGAGGGUCCCGGACGGUCCUCAUUUAAAUUUUCUGCUUCUUCAUUUCUAUCCUGUGGCAGCCUAAAAAAUAAUUAAGAUUAUGAAAAUAAUAUCCAUAUAAGUAUUUUUUUAACCAGAGUGCUAUUUUUCUUCCAAAUCUUGUAAAGGGAUGUAUUAUCCUUUGGCUCUUUCCAUUCUCCAGUAUUUUUUUAAAUUCCAGUAAUUUUUGGUGUCCUAUUUUAUUUUCCAGGAAAACUAAAAAUGUUUUAAUGUCAUCCAAAUUUGGAUUUGUAGUAAAUUUAGGAUUUGGUGUAUGGACUAAUGGAAUUGUCACAGCAUCAGGAUUCCAAGGGACUAGCCCACAUUUUCUAAAACCAUUUGAUAUUAUUGAAGGCUCGAUAUUUUAAAUGGUGUUGUGAAGAAGCGGAGGAAAGUAUUUCUUUUUUGGUUCUUCUCCCAUGUGGGACUUUCUCCAAUUUUGAACUUGAAGUUUCCAUUCUGAUUUAACACUGUGAAAAACAGCUAGUUCCAUGGGCUCUAUCAAAUGUGUUGCAUUAGUGUACAAUGCAAUCAACCCAAUCCCAUGUUCAAUACAAAAAUUUGAUUAGUGCAAGGAAAUGUGUGAUCCAUGUCCGUCGACAAAGUAGACUGCAGGUAGCUGGAUCUUUUUUUGUUGAAGCCACAGAAAAAAAAAUUUACAGUGUUUUUAUAAAACAGUUCUUGGGUCAUCCACCCUUUUUCUGAUCCACCUAUUGCCCAGUCUUCUGGCACAGCUUGUGCAAUUUAUAGUGGAAUUCCUUUAUACUGGUAGGUAGACAAUCAUAGAAGGUGCGAUCUGGCCAGCGGCAUUUGCAGUCACGUUUUCUUUUUCGUCAUUUGCACCAGCAAGGUAAACAGACUUGCUGCCUUUUUCAGCUAAUACUUUUCCACCCUUGGGACUCAGAUAAAAUGUUGUUUCAUCGGCGUUAAAUACCAUUUGGCGCCUGGAGCUUUUUUUAAACCUUGUUUCUGUGCCAACCUUGAAACAGUUAUCAUAAAACUAUUUUUUGUUACUGGAAAACCAGCUUUUUGCCAUUUUUAAUACCCAAUCUACCAGAAUUUCUUCUUGCUCAGGGGGAAAAUACUUUUUGGUCCCUUUUUUUUUUCUUAUUGGCAUCUUCCCACUUAAUUUAUACAUUAAAGUAGUUCUGGGUAUUUUAUAUUUUUUAGUUACCGAUUUAACAGAUUUUUCUGUCCUAACCUCAUUUAAAGCAUCAAGCAUUGCUUCUGGAGUGUUUCAGAAUUUUUUGUCUUGUCCUGGCAUCUAAGAAAAGGUCAAAAGGCAUUAAAAUACAAUCUUACACCCUCGAUAAUACCUGACACCCUACUGUGUUACAACAAAUACCUGUUUGCACAGUACAUUUUCCCAACAUAUAACAAUGAUAUAACAUAUAUCUAAUCUAAAAAAAACUUGCUAAAUCCAAUGCAUGACCCAAGUGUUAGCCUUUGGUUUAAAGCAACUUGCCAGACCAAUGGCUGACGCCGACGCUGAAGAGUUUUCUGCAUGGCAACUACUUUAAAAUCAUUAAAAAAACAAAAUACUGUCAUAUAUCUCACAUCUACAGUAAAGAAAAAUGUUCUAGAAAUAUAAAGAUUUUACUUAAAAUAUUUUGCCACUUACCUUCUUAGUAAACUGAUUAAGAAAUCACAAAAAACCUCGUGUUUUUUUAACAUUCAAGAGAACUGAUGCUUUGCAUUCUACCACAAUCACAUAAUAAUGAAACAAUCUUGCCACGAUUCACAAAAUACUAAAAUGCGUUUGCAGUUCUUAUAAAUCAUGAUUGAAUAUGGGGUGUCAUCUAUUGGUAUGAACAACUUGGAGUGUCACCUUAAUAGACUAAACUGAUUUAGUGAAUUUCUUAAAUUUUUGAUAUUGUAUAAAAACUUUAUCCAUCAACAAACUUUUUGGACCAAAGUAAUAACUGCAUUUUUUUAUAUAUAUCAUGAUGAUUUGAAUUUUAGAUUGCCAAAUUUCUGAUUAUUUUUCCAUUUAUUCCUUGAUAAUAAGCAAGGGUGAUCCUACUUUUUUCAUGACAGUUGGUAAACAUUAUUUUAAAAAACUUUGUUUGAUUUGCAAUUAAAUUAAAUUUUGAAUCAUCUACUUAUGCAUAAUUCAACAUUCAAUAACAUUUGAAUCAUUAUCUAGGGAAAUAAUUAAAAUCCCAUUAUAUAGAAUAUUCCUACCCGUCUUUAGCUUAGAAAUAGUUUUGACUUUACAUUGCUCAAUUGCAAUAUAACUUAUUUAAUGCAUUUUUAUUGUUUUUGUAUCAUUAUUCAUUGCUUUGAGUAGCUCAACACUAGUAUUGCACACGGGGCUGUUCUGAAAAAUAAGACUUAAAGAAAUAAAAUGUAUAUAAAAAUAUCUAACUUAGAAAAAUUAAAUUUUUAUAAUAUAGGCCUAAUUUUAUAGUAUAUAUUUUAUUUGUAAACUUUUAAAGAAAAUCGAUGUUUUUACUUUAAUCUAUUGCAAUAUAUGUUUCAAGAAAUGUAUCGUCCAGUAUAUCAAGUUCAAAUUCUGUCAUAUGAAUUCGGCCAUUGUAUUAAAAAGUUUUAAUUCUAACAAAAAAUUGUGAUUUUUAAAAAAUGUGACUUAAAAUUAUUUAUUAACCUUGUUAACUAAUAAAUUAAAAAAAAUAUUUAUGAAACUUAGUUUCAAUUAUUUAUUAACCUUCGUCGUAAGGUGAUAAAAAAUUACACCUAAUACGGUACGGGGUAGAUAUGUAUCCCAAGUAUAAAUGCAGCUUUUUGCCUUCCUAAUUUUACUAUAUGUUUAUUAAAAAAAAGUCAAUACAGAAAAUAUAUUUGUUAGACUAAUAUUUACCAGAAAUGAGGAAUAAUGGUUAUUCUAAAAAAAUUAAAAAAAAAUAUUAAAACAAAUCAAGUCUAUUCUUUAGUAUUCUAAUAUUUUUCACAAGUAAUUUGUUUUUCAGAGUGGAAAACACACAAAACAAUUGUACUAGCAGCACAUUUUAUAUCUUUUUUCCAAUCGCAUAACAGCGAAAUAUAUAAGAAAAAAUAUAUAAGAAGGUGCUAAUUGACAAUAAAUUAAAUUUGCAAAGCAGAAAAUGGAAUUUUUCGAAAAUAGCCUGAAAAUUGUGGCUGGGGUACGUAUGUAUCGUCCACCGUAUGACGAAGGUUAACCUUGUUUACAGUGGCGGCCGUUACCAAAAUAUUGGAGGUUCACAAUGACAGAAUAUAGAUAUUCGUACAGAUUUAGGUAAAAAUGUUUUAGUGUUGUAGAAAAGUAUAUUAUAAACACUAAAAGUGUUUUACCUAAAUCUGUAAUGAGAUCUUUAUUCUGUCAUUGUAAACCCCCAAUAUUUUGGUUACAAGCCACUACUACUUGUUUACUAAUAGAUUUAAAAAAAUUAUUUAUGAAAUUUAUCGAGCUUUAUAUAUAUAUAUACUUAUAUAUUAUAUUUAAAUAGCAUUUAUUUAUACAUGUUUAGUGAUUAUUGUUUCAAACUAAUAAAGUGAUUGUUUUUCGACAUUAUGUUUAAUUUGUUUCAACUUUGUAUAAUAUAAAUAAAAUUAAUACACGUGUAAAAAAUCUUCUUUGGAUAGAGUGCCCACUUCAUCUAGGAUCGCAGUUAUUAGAUCUUGCUGAUCUAAUUUAUUCUAAAAAAUAGAAAAAAUUACUUUCAUAAUAUGAUAAAUACUCUAAUGAUUCGUUUACCCGUAAGGCCUGAUUGUAGCAAAUUUCUGCCUCGCUUGCUCUUUUUAAUUUUGCGUUUACCAGUGCUAAAUAUCCCCAUAUUUCUGCAAAUCUGUUAUCUAUGCAGUUGCCUUCAGAAAAACAAUCUUCUGCACUAAGCAAGUCGUUUUGCU